AUGGUCCCUCGGUCGGUCGAGGUCGCCGCCCUCCUCGUGCCUCUUCCCAACGUUCCCUCGGCGGCCGAUGCCGUCUGGUCCGGCUCCGCCGUCCCCGGGUCUGCCCUGCUCUCUUCUGCGCUAGUUUCUGUUUCGUCAUCACUGGCGUCCCUCCUCUUCUUUCUCCCCUUCUUGUAUGCUUUGUACAUCGCGUCGAUUCCCUUUCGCGUGAGCACCAUCCUGAAGCCCGCCCAGCAGCUGAACCGCUCCCUAGCCUCACCAUUGAGCUGGAUCCACCUCUGCACCGCUCCCGUCGCCGCCUCGGCCACGAUUUGCAAGUUCCUCGUGACCCGGGCGCCAAGGCAGGCGCCGCUAAGCAAGUGCGCCAUCGUUGCUCUAGGCGGGUUCUCAUCUUCCUCGGUCCAUUGCUGCGCGGCUUUCCGCACGAUCGGACACAGCGGCGGCCCCGUCACCCCUGCCGUGUGCGACCCCGCCGUGAGCCCCUCGCCGAGCCGUCCUCGCACCCACUCGUUCGUGUGGCCGCGUGUGGCGUAA